CCGCGUGUGCCUCUCAUUUCUGGCUGUUUGAAAUAAUGUAAAGACCGAUUCAUUUAGUAGUGUGUUGGCAAUUAUUAAAAAAUUUGGAAAUAAGAUGGCUGCAAUCGGUGUUAACAGUGAUAUCCCACAGCUUCAGAUCAGAUUCGUCACCAAACAGGAUCAAUAUGCUGUUCCAGAUUACCCUCUGUCUGUCCCUGCGACGGUCGCCCCAGAGGAUUUGAAUACCCUUUUGAAUACUCUUCUUCAAGAAACAACUAAUUUAUCCGUUCCAAUCUCAUUUAACUUCCUCAUUGCCGCUGAGUUUCUUCGGUUGCCCCUUUCAGCGCACAUAAACGAUCAUGGGCUCUCCACCGAAGAGGUCAUUUCCAUCGAAUACAUCGAGAAACAUCCACCUCCAGAGCCCAAAAACUGUCUCAUCCAUGACGACUGGGUAUCAUCAGUAGCAGUCGCUGAAAAAUGGAUAUUAACAGGUUGUUACGACAAUACUCUCCAUAUUUGGACAUCCAAAGGACAGCACAAGCUGACAAUUCCUGGCCAUACAGCACCAGUGAAGGCGGUCGCUUGGAUCUCUCUAACAGGGGAAGUUGGGACUUUCGUUAGUGCUUCGCAAGACCAAACGGCCAUAAUUUGGCAGUGGAAUAUUCAAACUAAUGCUGUCGACUGUGUUCAUGUAUGCAGAGGUCAUGAACAAGGUCUUGAAUCAAUUGGAGUGAGCAUAAAUGCUGAGGACAUGGUGACUGGAGGUUGGGAUAACAUGUUGAAGGUUUGGGAAGUAGUGGGGGAUGAAUCUGACGAACCUGAGAAGAAAAAGGCUAAAGUCGAUAAAGGUAGAACGAGGAUCCCUAAGAGGACCAUGAAGGGACACAAGGAAGCUAUUUCUGGAACUGUUUGGAUGGACAAUAAUGACCUUAUUAGUUCCUCUUGGGAUCACACUAUUAAAAUUUGGGAUGCAGAGUUAGGAGGAAUGAAACAUGAAAUUGUGGGGAAUAAGAGUUUCUUUGAUGUGGAUUUCUCGAAGAUUGGUAGAGUUUUGGUCACAGCUUCUGCAGACAGACAUGUUAGGAUUUACGAUCCUCGUUCUAAUGAGGGCUCCGUCGUCAAAUCCACUCUCACCUCUCACACCCAAUGGGUUCAAACAGUACGCUGGUCCACGACGGACAUCAACAUGUUCCUUUCUGGUGGCUAUGACAGCUGUCUGAAACUCUGGGACAUUCGCAGUCCAACAGUACCACUUUAUGAACUAUCAGGACACGAAGACAAGGUUUUCUCCUGCAACUGGUCGAAUCCAAAGCUCAUGGUCUCCGGUGGGGCGGACAAUACUGUCAGAAUAUUUCAAUCUAGCAGUGCACUUCAUUAAAAUGUUUUAGUAACUUUUUUUAAGAUUAAAAUUUAUGAAUAAAGUUGAUGAUUUAGUUGA